AUGACCUCGGCUCUCCCCUCCCCUCCCUCAUCAGACGAGAACCCCGAGGGCGUGCUGUCCGGCGAGUGGCCCGGCAACUUCUCCCUCGCCAGCUACGACAACCUCCGCCAGUACCUCGAGUCCCAUAUCGUCUCCACCGACAAGAUGAGCCCCACGGCAAAGCUCGGGGAGGUGAUGUCGCGCCCGGUGGAGGUGGCCACGCCGGACCAGAAGCUGGCCGAGAUCGACGCCCUCUUCGCCACCCAGUCCGGCCUGCCCGUCGUCGACGGCGAGGGCAGGUGCAUCGGGGUCGUCUCCAAGAAGGACAAGGCCAGGGCCUCCAAUGGGUUGGACUCAACCAUUGGAGAAGUCAUGUCCUCUCCUGCUGUAACUCUGACUCUAGAGAAGACUGUCUUGGAAGCUGCUGCACUAAUGCUCAAGCACAAAGUUCACAGGAUACCAGUUGUGAAUGAACAACAGCAAGUGAUCGGUAAGAGUUGGCAAAUCCCUUUGAUUGCCAUUUCUGAAAAAUAA